UGCUUUUUGAGAUCUUUGUGGUACUAUCUAGAGUAUAUCCUACUACAAUCUAGCGUUUUUUCUCAAAUACUUUGCAUAAACAUAUCACUAAGCCAAACAUGCCUACCACGGUUCUCAUCACGGGCGGAAACCGCGGGCUUGGUAAGGCUUUGGCAGAGGCAUAUCUUUCCGUCCCAGACACAACCGUGAUAGCCACAGUACGCGACACAGCCAAAGCCGACGCCGCGCUGUCGCCUCUCCCCAAGGCCUCGGGAUCCCGUGUUCUGACUGUGUAUAUGGAAAUGGGAUCCUUUGACACCAUAACAGCUGGUGUCGAAACACUAAAGACGACGCACAAUAUCACUUCCAUUGAUAUUGCCAUUGCCAAUGCAGGUCUUGUCGGGCCAACCCUCGGUCUCGCAAAUACUCCCUCGUCUCAGCUCCAACCAUUCAUUGAUGUCAACGCAUACGGUCCCUUUGAGCUGUUCAAGGCCGUUCUACCUCUUCUUCGCGCUUCUACUGCCGAAACCAAGGGCAAAUUCAUCUACGUCUCGAGUGGCAUUGCAAGCCUGAAUGGCAUGCUUAACAUCCUACCCAUAGCCGGAUACGGAGCAAGCAAAGCACUAGCCAAUUACUUGUUCAAGUGGCUAGCUCUCGACAACAAGGACGUGAUUGUAUACUCAUGCGACCCAGGAUUGGUCGACUCUGAUGGUGUUCGUGAACAUCUCGAGCAGGCAAAGGCUUUGGGCCUCGACAUGUCUUUGUUUUCCUUUUCGCCAGCGGACGAAGUUGCGCGUGCAAUGCAAAAAUCGAUUGCUGCUGCGAACGAGAGCUCAAGCGGACAGUUUCUGUCGAAAGAAGGUACCCAGAUGCCGUGGUAAAAAAGACGAGUUAUUGUUGCUAUAUGAUAAGGCGGGAGCCUAGACGGAAUCUUUGAUGUUUAGACAUUGGAUUCAGUGUAUCGCAAAUCAAGCGUAGCCAUAGAAUCACCGCUGCUUCUCAAUUUCUGUUACCCUCUACUGUGCCGUGUGCCUGCGUAUUCUGGCUUUUACAAUCACAUACAUGAAGAAUCAAACUUGUAUUCCCAGGA